UCCCGUUUUUGACUCCUACCUUUGCUGGGGCCCUACUCCUGCUGGGGUGAUGGCCAGCCAGUUUUGCCCUCCAGCUAGAUUCAGUGACACUACACGAUUAGCGUUCCGCAUGUGUGAGGAGAAUGGCAUGUGGCAAGGACGACGCAAGAACGAAUCUGGAAACAUUGGCUGGACCAACUAUACUCCGUGUUUCCCACCUGAGGUCAUCGAGCUUCUUGAAAAGGUCAAGGAUAACACCCAAGCCAUGUUAUACAUCGCACAAAUCACCCGUUACAUUGAAAUAGUGGGCUUCACGUUUUCCUUCUUUACUUUAUCAGGAUCUCUUAAAGUACUGAUCUCUAACAGAUCCUUGCGUAAUACCCGGACGAAAAUUCAUAUAAACCUAUUUGUCGCGAUGUUACUACAGAUUAUAGUACGUCUCAUUUUAUACAUUGAUCAAGAAAUUGUGCGGAUUUACUUUGGGGGAGGCACAACUGGCACCGGCAUAGUCAAUACGCCAAUACUAUGUGAGGUGUCCUACACAUUUCUAGAGUAUGCCAUCACGGAGAUGUUCAUAUGGAUGUUCAUUGAAGGGUGGUACUUAAACAGUGUAGUCACUUCGGACGUCCUGAAGUCAGAGAUGGCAUUUACAGUUGUGUGCUCCAUCUCCUGGGUAGGCCCGUUCUUACUGACGCUCAUGUGGGCGGCUGCGACGUUUAUACACUACGCCAAGGAAGGCGCUGCAACGUGUUGGUACGGUUAUAACUUCCUUGACAUAUACUGGAUCGUGCAAGGACCACGCUUGGCCAUAAUUAUAAUUAACCUUACUUUCAUGCUCAACAUCCUUCGGGUGCUGGUGACUAGAAUGCACAGAGACAUUCACAACGAUGCGACCCGUGUCAAGAAAGGAGUGCGCGCCAUGUUUCUAUUGCUCCCACUGCUGGGCAUCACCAACGUCUUGAACAUGACAGAGGCGCCGCUCGACGGCCCGACUUGGUAUUUCGCUACGUGGAGCUACGUCACCCACUUCUUCAGAUCCUUCCAAGGGACGAUUAUAGCCGUACUGUACUGCUUCUUGAAUUCUGAGGUGCAGGCCGUGUACAUUAAAAAAUUCAACGACUGGCGGGCGCUGCGGGAAACCAGAAGAAGGCAGGGUGAUCUACGAAGGAACGGGCGUCAUCCAAAUUUGAUUUCGGCGCUUACCCAGACCAGAUGCGAGGCCACUCAGACGAGGAUCGCCAUGAGAAACGUACACCUACCGCCCACUCCGACGGCUCGACCCCGCAGUCUUGCUGAGCUGGAAAUCUCACUACCAGUUCAUGACGAAAAUAGACGCUCCACUGGCACGGACACUGGCCCUUCGAUCCUCAUCCAUUCUCGACCCUCGAGCGGAUCAGUGGGACAAACAUUGGCUACUAUCGAAAAUGAAUACGAUAGUCCGAUUGCGGCUCUUCGGAACACUACCUUCCGCCGAUCUGAUCCUGCCCUGGCCGUAUAUUCUUACAACCAGGACAUAGAGACCUGUCUUUAAAUGAUUUCCUAGAACUUACAGAUUACCUAAACAGGGUACACGGCAUCAGAAGUAGAGUAAAACAGUGCUAUGAGGCUUUCAUUUAUUUGUUUUGAUUGCUCAUAAAAUUUGUAUCUCUCUGAUGGUGUCAUGUACUCUAGUACACAUAAUAUGUUUAAAGGGAUUGUGAUUAUUGAUUUGAUAUAAAAGAAAUAUUAAUAUUUCUAUCCAACG